AUGGAGCAGCGCUCGGAAAAAUCCAUUCUGAAGAGGGCAAGUGAAACAGAGCAUGACGAGCUCGAAGAGCUCCGAGAAGAUGUAGUGUUCACUCAGUUCACCGCGCAACAGUACCAAAUGCUUGUCACCAAAGUAUAUCAGGAGAAAAAUCCAUCGAUGUUGGGAGACUUAGCCUUCAUGUUUUCCAAAUAUGAGGGGCGUGAGGAGGAGCUUUUCUCACAAGUCUGCUUGAAAUAUGGGGCCAACCUGGCAGCCUUGACCAAAGGGCUGCCCAGCAAAGAAGUCCUGGAACUUCCAGAGGACGAACUAGUGGAGGCAAUUGUUCAGGUGGAGGCCGAGAAUGAAAGGCGUGUUCGCCUUCUACGUCGAAAACGGGAAGAAGUGAAGGAGCUUGUGACCUUGAUUCGUUUGGGCUCUCAGCGACGACGUUGCCAUGCGUGUGACCUAAACCUUUGCCGUGCGCAGCGCUUGGUGAGGUUUGCAGGUGAGGUGUGCUGGCUGGUCGCGGAGGAAGGCCGCUGUGCAGAGGAAGAAGCUGCCCGAUCAGCAGGGGAACCUGAAAUAGAUGUGGAAGACGAUUUGCUCAAGGGGAGCCGCUGGGUGAUCCAAGAGCUGAAGGCAAUUCUUCCAAACAUGGCUGACGAGGAGCCCCGAUUGGCUGAGUUGGCUCAUCAUUUGGCAGCAGGGACGCCAGGCCAAGAUGAGGAUGGCGAGUGUGGCUACCAUCCCAAGCAUGAGGGACAUUGUGAGCAUGGCAAGCAUGGCUUGAAUGAUGCAGCACCAAAAGCCUCAGAAGCCUUGGAAGACUUGGAGGCCUUAGAAGGUCAGUGA